CGCUCUUCUCUGCGUGCAGGCCGAGCUUUGUCAACAGAAACCUCCAAAACCGAAACCAAGAUGACGUGGAACACCAACACACCCAGGGGUCUCGCAGACACGACGGCUCACAUCAAACCACUGAUCCGCUCUGUCAGUUCUCUGGCCUUCAGGUCCAAGAAAGCGGGCGACGUGAUCCAUCCCACGACCGAUGCGGCCGCAGUGAAAGCCUACGGCGCCGUCGAUGCUCUAUUUGACUGCCUGGAUCAGAUCGACAUGAAUCUCGACCUUAGGGACAACACGAACAUCCCUCGAGCACUGGAAGUCCUCUUCGCGUGCGGAGAGUACUACUUUCCAGAUCACUACAAGGCCCGCGCCAAGGCAUUGUUCGACAGAUUCGAGGCUAUGCACUGGGGCGGUGUCGCAGCCAACGAUGCGGAUGCCUCGAAUGCGAGCGCGCCUUCUGAGCCGCAGAUCCUCAUGCCGCCUCGAGAUCAUCAAAUCUGGGGCGACAAAGGCAUCAUGACAGGGCUCGCCUAUCACAAGCUUCCGAGUGGAAAAUUGUCCAUUCUUGCAAUACCUGGUUCAGCUCGCUCCGCCAAGGUGUACGGAGACAACAACCUCACCGUGGGGCAAUGGUUCCCAUCUCUGAUGGCAGCAUUCGUGGCAGGAGCUCAUGGCCACAAUCAGAAAGGCAUACACUAUCCUAGUGCAGAAGAUCCCGCCUACUCAGUGGUCAUUUCUGGCCCCGAGUACCUCGAAGUUAACGACGACAGAUGGGAUGUCGUCUUCUACUGCGGCACUGGCAGCCACGAGAACAAAGAUCCAGAGAAGAUCAUUGAAGCGGACGGCACUCAAGCGCUCGAAGCUUCCAUCGCAUCCGGUCAACCCGUUCGCGUCCUCCGUACAUCUGAAGCCAGAAGCUCCAGGCCGGUAUGUGGCGUUCGCCACGAUGGACUAUACGAUGUCAAGGGCAGUUUCUUUCGAUACAACAAACACGGCGGCCGUUACCUCGCGUUCGAGCUUCGUCGUCGCCCAGGCCAGCGCAGCCGUGACGAGUGUCUGCAUAUACCAAAUGUCCAGCAGCAGACGCAGUUCAAGAAGAUCGAAGAAGGAUAUCAAUACCAAGGGAGAUUGUACGGCAGUACUACAUGGGAGAAGUGAAGCUGAUCGGUACUUGAGUGAGUGCCGGCUGCCUGCAAGGCCUGAUACAUCAUCCUUGCUUACGGAGAUGCCUGUCAGACAAUCAUAACAACGAAACAACAACUACCACAUGCGAAUUUGGGAUAUCAUUGGCAAUGGUAUGGCAGGUGCAGCUUGCGCAAGCUGGAACAGCAGCCAUGACGACGAUGACACAGCAAUGAAAGGCACCAGCGUAAGAAGACUCAGGAAACGGGACGGAAGGGAACAUCGCGCCGCGUGAGGAUAUCGCAUCUGACUUGGCAGCAGCAGACGUUGGACAGGUAUAUCGACACUAGCAUCGGACUACAUUCCACUGGCGUCCGCGUUUGCUGCCUGCAAUAUCCGCGCCCUCCCGGGACUCACUACUGGGGCCUGGGCAUAGAGUAGAAGAAUCGAUUCGAACAGUCCGAUCAAUUAACCAUGUAUCACUCCAUUCACCUUGCGGUUGGCGAGCAGAGAGGCGACAAAUUCUUCUUGCCCAGCCAGCUCAUAGGCAUCAUCUUAGCAUCCUUUUCAUCGCCAC